CACAUUUUUUUCGUAAAUUGUUAUAAUGUAGUAUUACGUCCUAUUUAUUUAAUUAUUAAUUAAUAUUAAUUUUCAUAACAUGUUAUUAGAAAUAAUGUGUAUCAAGUUUCUUCGGUGAUAUCUCUCUCUACUUACGCUAUAUAAGUAAAACUUGAAGUUUAAACGGUCUUCGUCCUUCUCGUCUUCGUUUACUUUACCACACUUGAAGAAUUUAAGUUUUUCAAUGCUUUUACGAAAUUAAGUGUUUUUUUUUAGAAGUAUUAAUAUUUUUAGUACAUAUAUUUAUUUUAUGGUGAUGAGAAGCGCAAGUUGUUUAUUUGGUGGUUAAAGUGCCACGAUUACUCUAUAACGAUGAAAAUAAUUAAUAUACAAGACUCCUCAAGUGACGAUGAUGUGCCUUUGAAAUACUGUUCUACGAAUGGACGUAACUGGUCUUGCUCCAACAGAAGUCUGUACCAAACGAAUGUUGAAUGCUGCGAAUUCUGUGAUAAAGUGUCACUUAACAGAUACGAAAGCUUAAUUCACAAUGCUACCCACAUUAUUAUACCACUAAUAAAUCAGAAAGUGGUCACAUGCAAGGAAUGCGGGUUUUGUUUCACAUCACAAAAUGACCUCCAAAAUCACAUUCAAAUAAAACAUUCAAAUAUACCAUUGCCACAUUGUACCAAUGCAAUUGACCAUGUAAAUUUAAAAGAUAGAAAAAGAAAAGAAGAAAGAGAAAGAAUUAAAAAUAGAAUACGAUUUGAAGAUGACGAAGAAUUUGAAAACAUCAACGAGCUCUUAGACGACUUAACUACGGAAUGCAAAGUAGCUUUAAACGUAACUGAUCAGCCAAUUUUAAACAAAGCUAUUGAAGCUAGCAAAUGUAAUAUUAAAAUCUUAACAAUUGUCGAUCUGUCUAACGACACAGAUGACAUAGAAAAUAAUGUAAUGUAUAAAAACAAAUAUGUAUUUGGAAGGUACAGUGCGGUGGCCCCCGACGGCUUUGCUAAUGAGAAUAAGCCUUAUAUUAAUUCACAUAGUAAAAACAAUGAGGUGAAACUCGAAUUAGAUAAAGCAUCUAAUGAGAAGAAAUUAAAGGAAGUAAACAAAUUGGAGGAUGUCGAGAAAUAUUGCGAAAGUGUUCAUUAUGACGUUUUGAGGGAAACUCAAAAUGUUAGAUGCAAGAGAUGCAAUCAAAUGUUUCCAGACAGAUACAACCUCAUAAUACACGAAGCGUCACAUAUAAUCUUUAACACGAGGUUGCCUCUCCUCUGCACUACCUGUGACAGAUACAUUGCCGGGACCCAGAAGAAUCUCAAACACCAUAUCCAGACUCAUCAUUCGGACUAUGUGAAAAAGAAAACCUUUAGGCAAAAGUGCCUGGAAUGUGGACUCUAUUACAUUAGUUACCUUUCACACGUAGAUAAUUACCACAGAUGCGAACAGAAAGAAGCGUUGAACUAUAAAUAUGAGAAGAUUAUGGAAAUUUGCGAUUUAUGUUACAAGUUCCUCAAAUCCGGAACGAAUCGCUACUAUAUAAGAAUUGGCAGCGUUAGCAAAUUAGGUCAUAGGAAAAAGUGCAAUGUAUGUAUGAGGAAGUUUUUCGAACUGAACAAAGUGAGGAAGACGCAGAUAAAAAUUAAUUACGGUUUAGAGAAAAAGCGGAAUAUAAUAGAUAAUAAGAGGUUGACUAAUAACCAGAGACUAAAAAAUAUACAGAUGCGAUUGAAAAAUAUAAAUAAAUUGAGAAAAUUUUAGAGGU